AUGGAUGAGAUUGCCCCCGAAUACGAUGUUGUUGUCCUCGGCACCGGCCUGACGGAGUGUGUGCUGUCUGGUGUACUCAGCGUCAAGGGCAACAAGGUUCUUCACAUCGACCGCAAUGAUCACUACGGAGGCGAAGCUGCUUCAGUAAACAUCGAGACCCUCUUCAAGAAAUACGGCAACGUCAAGUCCGGCGAGGAACCCUGGAAGAAGUAUGGCCGCGUCAACGACUGGAACGUGGACCUGGUGCCGAAGCUGUUGAUGGCAAAUGGCGAGCUGACCAACAUCCUCGUCUCGACCGACGUCACCCGAUACCUCGAAUUCAAGCAGAUUGCCGGUAGCUACGUUCAACAAGGAAGUGGACCCAAGGCGACAGUAGCCAAGGUGCCCUCCGACGCCGGCGAAGCUCUGCGCUCGUCUCUCAUGGGCAUGUUCGAGAAGCGAAGGGCCAAGAAGUUCCUGGAGUGGGUUGGUGUAUUCAAGCAGGAGGAUCCGAGCACUCACCAGGGUUUGAACAUUGCCACGUGCACAAUGAAGGAGGUCUACGAUAAGUUCUCGCUGGAAACCAACACUCGUGACUUUGUUGGCCACUCGAUGGCCCUUUACCAGGAUGACGACUACAUCGACCGCCCGGGCAUGGCCUCCGACGCUAUCAACCGCAUCCGUCUGUACGUGAACUCGAUGGCCCGGUACGGAAAGUCGCCCUACAUCUACCCCCUAUACGGACUUGGCGAGCUCCCCCAGGGCUUUGCCCGUCUCUCCGCCAUCUACGGAGGUACCUACAUGCUCAACACCGAUGUCGACGAGGUGCUCUACGACGAGAGCGGAAAGGUCUCCGGCAUCAAGGCCACAAUGAAGGACCGUGAGGACGGCGGCGAGACGAUGAAGUUCGAGACCAAGACCAAGAAGAUUAUUACAGACCCGUCCUACUUCCCCGGCAAGGUUUCUGUCACUGGCUACCUGCUCAAGGCCAUUUGCAUCCUGAAGCACCCCAUCGACAAGACUGAUGGCAGUGACUCGCUCCAGCUGAUUAUUCCCCAGUCCCAGGUUGGACGUAAGCGCGAUAUCUACAUUGCCGUGGUUUCCUCGGCACACAACGUUUGCCCCAAGGGCUACUACAUUGCCAUCGUCUCAACCAUCGCCGAGACGGACUCCAACCACCACCUCGAGCUAGAGCCAGGAUUUGAGCGCCUGGGCGAGAUUGAAGAGAAGUUCUUCCCUCCCCCCAUUCCUCUCUAUCAGCCUCUUGAGGAUGGCAAGAAAGACAAUAUCUUCAUCUCCAAGAGCUACGACGCCACAUCUCACUUCGAGACGACGACUGAUGACGUGCGGGACAUCUACCGCCGUGCGACUGGCGAGGAGCUUGUCGUUGAAGGUCUCCGGGAAGGUCAGACUCUCGCGGAGGAGUAA